AUGAGCGCGAAGCAGUCCGGGAAGGGAUGGGGCUCCUUCUUGCAGGGCGCCGUCGCCGGCCUCGAGUCGCGCCUGGACACCAUUCUCGCCGAGGACGACCAGGCCUCUGCGCGCAGCAGGGCCGACGACAGUCUGCGGAAGAAGGCCGCCGCUGAGCAGAGCCCCAACCGCACCCCGUCUCGCUCCCGCACGAACGACCGUCUCCAAGAACGCCUGGCCAAGGCUGUCAAGUCCGAUGCGCCGCGCUCCGCAAGGCCGUCGUCCGAGUUUCCGUCGCGGACCGGCACUCCCACCAAUGGCGCUGACACCUCGCGCACAAGCGUAGACUCGAGAACCUCUGAAAUCCAGCCGCAGCCACCCCAACAUGAAAAGACCGCCGCGCCGAGGCCCUCAAGCGACGGCGGCGAUGGUGACGCGGCCCCGAAACCGGCAGACCAGGCAGACAAGGCUGAGGAAAAGGCCACAUCGCAACUGGAAGAUGGGAACUCAUCUAAUGUGGGCACAACGGACUCCCCCCGCGUAUCAGUCGACUCCGGCCGUCCUGACACUCCAAUUGAUCCACCAUCACGCGCCGAAACCCCGGCUUCUAUACCUGACACCGCCUCGAGCGUUGAUCUCAGCGCCUUCGCCAACGAGUCCGAGGAUGUUGCGGCUCUGCGGCAGUCGUACGAAGAACUCACCAAGACACAUCGUGAUGAAAUGACUGCGCACCUCGAGCGUAUCGAUGCACUACAAUCCAAACUGAAAUACCUUUCCGGCCAGGCUACAUCACAAGCUCGUGCGGCUGCAAGCGGGGCAGACCAAGGAUCCGUGGAGCAAAAAUUGGCACAAAAGGACGAGCAAAUAGCUCUUCUCAUGGAAGAGGGCCAGACACUGGCGAAGAAGGAACUGACUCUUUCAACAAGCCUCAAGAAUUUCCGCGCCAAGACCGGGCAACACGAAAAGACCAUCAUAGACCUCAAGAAGAAGCUGGCAAAGGCUGAGACCAGCGCAAGCGAUGCUACUGAGCGGGCAAAGCGAGCUGAGGCUGCGGCAAAGGCGGCGGAGCAGAAAGUCAAACAACUCGAGAAGGUCGAAAAGGAAGCUAGCUCGCUCAAAUCGGAGCGCGAGGACUCAAGCCGCACAAUCGCGGAACUGAAGCGGCAAUUGAGCGCAGCAAACGAACGUGCCGAAGCAGCCGAGAAGAAAGCCAAGAGCAACGCAGCAGCAGCAGAGCAAUUGCGGGUGUCGGAGAUUGAGGAAGAGCUUUCAGAUCUCAAAAUUGAGAAGAAGCUUGCGGAGGAUCGGGCAAAGGCGGAGGCCCGUGAACUCAGGGAAGAAUCUACCCGGCAACAGGAGAGGGCAACGGUGCUGGAGACGGAACUGCGGGGCGAGAUAACGAACCUCGAGACCAAGCUCGAAGUACUCCGUUCCCGUUCCGAGGAACACUCAUCCAACCCGUCCGGCGACUCUCAGAUCAAACUGCUGCGUCAGAUCGAGACAUUACAAACUCAAUACUCCCUUGCUAGCGAAAACUGGCAGGGCAUAGAAAGCAGCCUUACAGGCCGGGUUGCAGCUCUGGAGAAAGAGCGUGACGAGCUCGCUAAACGCGAAUCUGACAUCCGACGCAAGGCCCGUGAAGUGAACUCCAAGUCGCGCAAGCUGGAAGAAGAGCUCGACAAUACCAGCGACCAAGCGCGGUCUCUAGAACACGAACUUAGUGAGCAAAAAGCGCAGAUGUCAAAACUACAGUCACGCCUCGCUCAGGUAGAGAGGGAGCUCGAGAGCACCAAAGCGAACUUCGAGCAACAAAAGAAGGCCUGGGAGGUCGAAAUGGCGGCGAAGAUCGACGAGGAGAAGACCAAAUGGCGGCUCGAAUCCACCAUGUCUCCCGUUUCCGGCCCCGGCGACAGCCAAAGUCAUUUCCUUUCGCCACAGACGCCGUCGCUGUCGGGCACCAUGUUCAGCCGAAAGCAUUCGGGCGAUCAGUCAAUGGGCUUGAACUCGCGCCGCGGCACCCCAAGGAACGUAUCGUCAGAACUGCUGCUAUCGCUGGAGUCGCAGCCACAGCCCCGGCGCGUGGGCUCUUCACAGCGCACCCCGGGCUUCCCCGGCACGCCGCAGCGCCAGGACUCAUCGACCUCGACCAACACGAACGGCCACAACGGCCUCAACCACCCCGGCGCGCCGCCCUCCAUCCACACCGUCGACGACUCGGCCGACGCCUUCGAGCGCUCGUCCUCGCCCCACCGCACCGUCGCGGACAUGAUCUCCGUCAGCACCGUCGGCAACGCCGGGCCCUCGGUCCAGCUCGUCGAGCGCAUGAGCGCCGCCGUGCGCCGGCUCGAGUCGGAAAAGGCCGUGUCGAAGGAAGAGCUCGCGCGGCUGUCGGCGCAGCGCGACGAAGCGCGCGAGGAGGUGGUCGCGCUGAUGCGCGAGGUCGACGAGAAGCGCGCGCAGGGGAAGCUCGUCGAGCAGCUGCGCCGCGAGCUGGCCGAGGUCAAUGCCCGGUACGAGACGACGCUCGAGGCGCUCGGCGAGAAGAGCGAGCAGGUCGAGGAGCUGCAGAAUGAUGUUGAUGACUUGAAGAAGAUUUAUAAGGAUUUGGUGGAGAGGACGAUGAAGUAA